AUGAUGGGCGUUUUACCAUGCAAACACACACGCAGGCUGGCAGCUGUCGGGAUCAAUUAUAUGGUUGUCCAGAGUGGGCCAGACGAGGCUUGUGUGACUAUGACUUAAAGUUUAUGUACGAGAAAUGUUCAGCAAGUUGCAACGUUUGUCUCGACAAGUGUGAGGAUCGUUUACCAGACUGUCAAGAGCGGGUCGCCAGAGGAAUGUGUAAGACUAAAUUACACUUAAUGUACCGGCAAUGUUCAUAUAGCUGCAACGUGUGUGUAGGUAACUGUUGGAAUUAUUCACCAGAGUGUCCACUGUGGGCUGAAAGAAAUUUAUGCGAGACGGAUCCACUCUUUAUGCAUCAGAAAUGUCCAGUUAGCUGUGAAAAAGUUGUGGAUGCCGACUGUGUGGACAAAAGCAACAAUUCCAUAGUGGAACUUCCUCCUCUACCCUCCAACGACAAGAAUAUCAACAACCUGUCUCUUCUCCCAAUCAAGCAAAGGAGUAUUGUUCACCCUGAUUUUGAGUGUGGACGACCAAUCCAAACGCUGACGGCCACCACCACCAACAACAGAAGACACAGAAACACUGACAUGAUGGAGGUAAUCAUUUCAGGCCAAAAAGCAAGACUUAGAAGGGCCUCCAUUGAUCAGGUAAGUGUUUCGUUUUCAAAUUAUUCCUCUGAACAACUUGUUUACUGAUAAAUGUUGAUAACG